AUGGCUCCUCUAACUCUCUGGAAGAUGCCCAUCCUGAUCACCUUCAUUGUCGCCCUGGCGGCCUUGACCAACGCAGUACCUAUCCGCCAUGCCCACUGGGACCACGGCCAUCAUUCCAGGACCAGAACCCUAACCAGCACUCAUACUUUUGCUCCCACCCCAACCUUCACUCCAAGUGUUACGCCAACCGCCACCCAGGCCACCACUGUUGCCAACGCGGACGCAGCCGGCCCUACUACAAGCAGCAGCAGCAGCAACGAGAUCUGGCAACCGGAAGUCGGUUCCCCUUGGCAAAUCAUCCUCUCCUCUGCUCUGUCCCCCAAUACGGCCUCCAAAAAAGCUUCACCAGCCUUCCCGAUUUACGACAUCGACCUCUUCGAAAACACCUCGCCCACGAUCGCCUCCCUACACUCCCAAGGCAUCAAAGUGAUCUGCUACUUCUCCGCCGGCACUUACGAAGACUGGCGGCCUGACGCCUCCUCAUUCGACUCCUCCUCGCUCGGCGCCGGACUGGACGACUGGCCGGGUGAGAACUGGAUCGACCUGCGCUCCGAGAAUGUGCGAGCUAUCAUGUCGUCGCGGCUCGAUCAGGCCGUCGAAAAGGGCUGCGACGGUGUAGAUCCCGAUAACGUCGACGCGUACAACAACGGUCAGGGCGGGUUGGGGCUGACUGAGGAAGACUCUGCCGAUUUUGUGAACUGGCUUGCUGCCGAAGCUCAUGCUCGGGGGUUGUCGAUUGGCCUGAAGAACGCGGGAUCCAUCAUCCCUCGGGUUAUUGCGAAUAUGCAGUGGAGUGUGAACGAACAGUGUGCUGAGUAUGAUGAGUGCGAUGUCUUUCAGCAGUUCGUGGACGAGGGCAAGCCGGUCUUUCAUAUUGAAUACCCGGAAAACGGAGAGGUUAGUACGUCGGGCGUGGACAAGGUAGCCCUUUGUGCGCAGUUCAAAGGGGCAGAGGGGUUUUCGACGGUGGUUAAGGAUAUGGAUCUGAAUGAGUGGGUGCAGACUUGCUAG